ACUCCCAAUAACAAAUCAAUCUCCCAGAAUUCCACGCUUCUCUCUCUCCCUCCUUAAAGCCUAGUCAACCUCAUCUCAUCUUUUGUCCCAUAUUCAUCCAACAAUAUUAUACCAUUCUCUCUCUUGCAAUUCAUGUGACCUAGAAGAAGAGUUCAUUCUAUUCAGUCAUCAAUCUCCAUCUCCUCAACUAAUUAACAAUGGUUAUGGUUUUUGUUAUUACCAUCUCAUAGCAGCAUCAAUCAACCUAUAUAUGCCAUAUAUAUGCACCCUUUUCAUUUCAACUAGCUAGCUAGGUCUUGCCAUUUUUAUUUUGGUCAUUGCCACUCACUUCUUUUCCCUUUUUUCUUAACUUCAACUCCAUUUCAAAUUACCAUAACCACACUCACUACCAAAAAUAUUUCUAUAUCUAACAACUACUCCCACUUUUCCAUUUCAAUCCCCUUCAUUUAUUAUAUGUGUUUUUUAACACAGUGUUUAUAGCUAGCUAAGUAACUUCAUUCCUUCUACUAUUUAUAAUAAUUAGCCUUUUAGUGAGAAAAGCCCUAGUUGACAACAUGUGGAUGGUGGGUUACAAUGAAGGUGGUGAGUUCAACAUGGCUGAUUAUCCAUUCAGUGGAAGGAAACUAAGGCCUCUCAUUCCAAGACCAGUCCCAGUCCCUACUACUUCUCCUAACAACACUUCAACUAUAACUCCUUCCUUAAACCGCAUUCAUGGUGGCAAUGAUUUAUUUUCACAGUAUCAUCAUAAUCUGCAGCAGCAAGCAUCAGUAGGAGAUCAUAGCAAGAGAUCAGAGUUGAAUAAUAAUAAUAAUCCAUCUGCAGCAGUUGUGGUGAGUUCAAGAUGGAAUCCAACACCAGAACAGUUAAGAGCACUGGAAGAAUUGUAUAGAAGAGGAACAAGAACACCUUCUGCUGAGCAAAUCCAACAAAUAACUGCCCAGCUUAGAAAAUUUGGAAAAAUUGAAGGCAAAAAUGUUUUCUAUUGGUUUCAGAAUCACAAAGCAAGAGAAAGGCAAAAACGACGGCGUCAAAUGGAAUCAGCGGCUGCUGAGUUUGAUUCUGCUCUUGAAAAGAAAGACUUAGGCGCAAGUAGGACAGUGUUUGAAGUUGAACACACUAAAAACUGGCUACCAUCUACAAAUUCCAGUACCAGUACUCUUCAUCUUGCAGAGGAAUCUGUUUCAAUUCAAAGGUCAGCAGCAGCAGCAAAAGCAGAUGGAUGGCUCCAAUUCGAUGAAGCAGAAUUACAGCAAAGAAGAAACUUUAUGGAAAGGAAUGCCACGUGGCAUAUGAUGCAGUUAACUUCUUCUUGUCCUACAGCUAGCAUGUCCACCACAACCACAGUAACAACUAGACUUAUGGACCCAAAACUCAUCAAGACCCAUGAACUCAACUUAUUCAUUUCACCUCACACAUACAAAGAAAGAGAAAACGCUUUUAUCCACUUAAAUACUAGUAGUACUCAUCAAAAUGAAUCUGAUCAAACCCUUCAACUUUUCCCAAUAAGGAAUGGAGAUCAUGGAUGCACUGAUCAUCAUCAUCAUCAUAACAUUAUCAAAGAGACACAGAUAUCAGCUUCAGCAAUCAAUGCACCCAACCAGUUUAUUGAGUUUCUUCCCUUGAAAAACUGAUUAGAAAAGACUUUGCUUUUUUGUUUGUUAGGUGUUGGAUUUUGUUGGAAAGUGGCACUGUUAUUAUUGUUAUUGAUGUUAUGUUUCAAGAAAUUGGUGAUGUAAUAGGACACUGAAUUUGAAUCAAGUAUUUUCCUUAAAAUGCAUUUGGACUAUGUUGGUUCAAGUAUUUAAAUAAUAAUAUUCUAAAGGGUUGGUGUUUA